CGUAUUGUUUACAUCACGACCGACGACCGGAAAAGAAUUUUUCGUUCGCAAGCUGCUGCUUACAAGGUGACGAGGUGACAAUGUGGCCGUCGACGGUGUGGGUCCUUUUACUGGUCGUGUGCGUGCAGUGUGCGACGACGCACAAACACUCGCACACCCAUACGGCCACCAAGGAACGAACGGAGGAUGGAGCGUACGCCCCGCGGGACGCCCAUCAUCAGGAGGACGGCGAACACUAUUCCGAGUUCGAUCACGAAGCGAUCCUUGGCAGCGUGAAGGAGGCCGAGGAGUUUGACAAUCUUUCACCGGAAGAAUCGAAGCGCCGGCUAGCGGUGCUCGUGACCAAGAUGGACCAGAAUGCCGACGGAUACGUUGACCGGCACGAGCUGAAAGCCUGGAUUCUGCGUUCGUUCAAGUCACUGGCCGAAGAGGAAGCGUCGGAUCGGUUCGACGACGUCGACUUAAACAACAACGAUGCGGUAACGUGGGACGAGUACCUGCAGGAAACGUACGGUAUGGACAGUGAAGACGAGGAGGGCGUACGGUUGCCCUUCGAGCAGCCACGGGACGACGAAGAGCGGA